AUUCUUACGAAUAUGAUAAGAAGUCAGAUAUUUAUAGUUUAGGAGUUCUUUUAUGGGAACUAUCCGGUGGUAAUCCUAAAGCUCAUAGUAUAGAUGCUCCAAUUCCUGGUACAACUAAUGAAUAUCUUAAUUUAUAUAAAUCAUGUUGUGAUUCUGAGUCCAAUAAAAGACCAUCAAUAAGUCAAGUUUUUAAUAAAUUGGAAGUAAUGAAUAAAAAUUUAGGAGCGGAAUUGAUUAAUUUGAUUAUAGAGCAAAAAUUAGUUAAAUUGAUUGAUAGAAGUGAAUUAACAGAUAUUGAAAAAAUUGAUGCGGGUCAUUUUGGCAUUAUUUCGAGAGCUAUAUGGAAAAAGACAAAUAAUUAUGUUGUUUGUAAAAAAUUAAAUAAUGAUGAAUCAAUUAGUAAUAAACCAAUUGAAGCAUUUCUUCAUGAAUUAAAAAUGGUUAGGAGACUGGAUUUUUGUCAAAGGAUAAUACGUAUAUUAGGUAUAAUUUUAGAUGAAAGUACAAAAGAAUAUUUAUUUGUAAUGCAAUAUGCUGAUAGUGGAAAUUUACGUGAAUAUCUUAAAAAUCGGUUUUCAACAUUAUCUUGGGAUGAUAAAAUAAAAUUGGCUUAUCAAAUUACUGAUGGAAUAAAAUUUCUUCAGGGAGAAAAUAUUCUUCAUCGAGAUUUACAUUCUAAAAAUAUUGUAAUACAUCAAGGAGAAGCUAAAAUUAUUGAUCUUGGUAUUGCAAAAAGUAUUGAAACUCAAACAAAUAUCCAUUCAGGCGUUAUGGGAAUGAUUGCAUAUAUUGAUCCCAAACGAUUAGAGGAUUAUUUUUACGAAUAUAACGAUAAGUCAGAUAUUUAUAGUUUAGGCAUUCUUAUGUGGGAACUAUCCAGUGGUAGACCUCCUUUUUCCGAUAAAAACAUUAGUGAUAGUCUUUUAAAAACUGAUUUAAUAGGUGGACGUAGGGAAGAACCAGUACCUGAUACACCUUAUGAAUACUUGAAAUUAUAUAAAUCAUGUUGGGAUCUUGAACCGAAUAAAAGACCAUCAAUUAGUCAAGUUUUCAGUAAAUUAGUUAAAUUAGGAAAAGCGAUGAGUAUUCAAGACUUUCAAGAUAUUAAUGAUGAUAUGCAAGGCAUUAAAGAUAUUCAAGAUAUUCAAGAUGAUAAUGACAAUGAUACUGAUGCACAAGAAGCAAACGUUAAUGUUGAAGCAGAUGAUAUAAAUAAUGAUUUAGACAUUCCUGAUGACUAUUGAUUAUUGAAUUAUUUUACUUGUAAGUUCAUAAUUUUUUUCAAUAUUGUCAUUAUUUAAAAUAUACGUAC